AUGGCUACUUCUACUAUGCGAUCUUUCAAAUUACAAGAAUUUAUUGCUCAUGAAGCAAAAGUCAAUUGUUUGGCACUUGGGCAAAUAUCAGGAAGAGUUUUAGUAACAGGUGGCGAUGACAAAAAAGUCAAUUUAUGGGCUAUAGGAACUACAAAUUACGUACUGAGUUUAAAUGCUCAUACAAACCCGGUUGAAUGUGUGAAAUUUGGGCACACAGAAGAGUUUGUGUGCUCCGGAUCACAAGCUGGAGAAUUGUAUAUAUGGGAUUUAGAAGCUAAUAAAAAGACUCGAACAUUUGUUGGUCAUAAAGAUGCAAUUAAAUGCAUGGAUUUUCAUCCCUAUGGGGAUUUUUUAACAUCAGGAUCAUUAGAUACUUCAAUCAAGUUAUGGGAUCUUCGACGUAGGGGAUGUAUUUCAAACUACAGGGGACACAUUUUGACUGUAAAUAGCGUUAGAUUUAGUCCUGACGGUUUGUGGUUGGCAUCAGGCGGUGAUGAUGGCGUCGUUAAACUUUGGGACGUACGAGUUGGUCGUCUUUUGCAAGAAUUUCGUGAUCAUUUAGGAUCCGUUCUCUCCGUUGAAUUUCACCCUCAUGAAUUUUUAUUAGCUUCCGGGAGUUCAGACGGAACGGUUAAUUUUUGGGAUUUGGAAAAAUUUCAAUUGGUUUCAACAACAGGAAAAGGAUCGAAUUCUAUAAAUUGCCUGCAUUUUACCCCGGAAGGAGAAUGUCUCUAUGCUGGGGUUGAAGAUUACCUCAAGGUAUUUGGUUGGGAACCAGCCAGGACAUUUGAUUCGGUACCCACGGGUUGGGGACAAGUUCAGGACAUGGUGAAAACUACCAAUCAACUGAUCGGAGCAUCGUUUCACAAGUCAAAAGUUAUGUUGCAGGCCGUGGAUCCGAAAUUAGUUAAAACGGAACCGGAAAUGAACAAAACAAAUUCCAAUUUCAUACAUUCCUCCACUAGAAAAAGCUUUAUAAGAGAUAAUAAAGUGUCUCCACCUAAAUUAUCGUUAAAAAUGAUGGAAGAAUCGGGUGGUGAAGACGAAUCAGUCGAACCAUCGGCCAUUUUUCAACCCCAACGAACGCUUACGCGUACACCUCCUCUUAUUUCUGAACCGGUUUUAUCAUCCAUCGAUACAGAUUUAUCUUUACGACUUAAUUCAGCAACUUCAGAUUCCGAGCCUUUAAGUUUAAGUAGUUUGGAUAGCAAUCCGAGAGUUCAUGUUACUGUGCGUUCGCCAUCUCCAAGACUGAUUCAAAAAGAAUUGCCUCCUCUUGUAGAUUCAAAAAGGGAAAAUCGAAAAAUUAAUGCGGUGAAUAAAACAAGGCCACCUCCGGCUCCUCCUGAAAAUCACGAGGAAUCGAGGCUGGGCUCACCCAGACGGCAAAACGCUACCAAAGUCAACAAUGUGAUGAAGUACGUUUCGUCAGAAACAAAGACUGAAUUUUCAAUAAAGGCAAAUAAUAUUCGUGGAUCAGAUCCAAAUUUACAUAAGCCACCGGUAGCUGCAAGAGUACGAAAAAAUUCCUUAAGCUUACAUUCGAAUGGUUCUUCGGAAAAUAGUCGACUUGACGAUCCCCUCACGAGGGUUCGUGAAAAAACUUCUAGAAAUAUAAUGUCUCCUCGACCAAGUUCAUCUCUACCUCCCGCAUAUAUAACUACUCCUCACCCUGUUGAUCCUAGUCCCGAAGACGAAUACAUACCAAUGUCGGGAGACAGGCCGUCAGGGUUAAGCAUGGACGAUUUCCUACCUAAAAAUAGCAGUACCAGUUUUCCAUUUUUACAAACUUGUCCCAACAUGUCCGAAGCGGAAGGAUUAUCUUCCAUAGUUCGAGAUCAUAAUUCAAUGAUGGCAGUUUUAAUGAAUCGUCAUAAAAGUUUAAAAACGGUUUUUUCUGUCUGGCACAGAAAAGAUACGAAGGCAGCCAUCGAAUAUGCGGUCGCUUUAGAGAAUCCGAGUGUAAUGGUGGAUUUGUUGAGUGUUUUAGUGUUAAGACCUUCCAUUUGGACUUUAGAUAUAUGUGGAAACGUAUUGCCUUCAAUAUCGAAUUUAUUACAAAGCAAAUAUGAAUUACACAUGACGACGGGUUGCGCGGCUUUGUCUCUCAUAUUGCGUAAUUUUUCGCAUAUAAUAAAAACAAACGUUCGUGCUCCGAUUCACACGGUCGGAGUGGACAUAUCGAGAGAAGAACGAUAUAAUAAAUGCCUUAAAUGUUACAAAAGCCUUAUUUCGAUUCGAUCUUUUCUAUUGAAAAAACAAACGGUUCAAGGAAAGAUGGGACAAUCAUUCAGGGAACUUCUUACUCUCACGGAAGGACUCGAAUGA